AUGCAGGGGGCGGAUGACACUGACAAGUGGCACGAUAAGGAGAACGUCUCUCAUGAUUCUUCUUCCAGAGGCUUUCUGGGCUCUAAAGGCACAGAAAAGGGCCCCGCGAGAUCGCAAGCUCCGGAGCAUCAGCACAAGCCGGGGAGUUCGCAUGCCUCCAGAGGGCCUCUGCAGCUCGUCAGACGUUUGCAGCAAUCCUUAAGACGCAUAUUUGCAGACAAAGAGCCGCAAACAGCGACUCAGAGGUCUCGGCAGCCGCUCGAGCAGAGGCCGACACAGCAGGAGGGCUCACAAAAGCCCUCUGAGGGAGGCGCCCUAACAACCAUCGCUGCUGCCUCUAUUCCUCGGUCUAAUGCGCCUCCUACAGAUGUCACCUUGAGUCUCUCAGCCCUUGACUCCGAUGAGGUGGGCCGUUUAGGAGCAGCACUAGCGACAUGGCCCUUGCAGUCUCCUCCGUCACAGCAGGACUCACUGCCUCCUGUUGCAUCUGCAGAGCCGUGGCAGUUUGGAAGUUUAUAUUACAAGGGAACCCCCCCCUCUUCAACGCGAGUCGCUCCUUGGAGACUCUCCAAAGGGGGGGUCCUGGCACCAAGCUCUGCUGACUCGCCUGUGCUGCCGCAGCCUGCUGCAAGGCAGUCUUCCCGCCUUUCCCUGUCUCACUCUCAGCCGGCAGCCUCGGCGGCAGUCCUCCCGACGCCAGCACGCGUGGCAAAAACGAUUGCGGGCGAAGUCUUUUCGCCGCUCCAUCGUAAGAGCUCCUGGUCGUGUUGCUCUUCUAGAGAUGCGUAUGGAGGGCCUCCGCCGAUCCUGCUGCAACCGCAGCAGACGCCUCCUCCACUCACCCUCCGCGCGCACAGCCAGCCCGACAGAGGGGCAGCUGGCGCGUUGGCAGCGGGGAGCUCCUCUUACAGAACGCUCUCUCAGUGCCCGGUGAUGGUGGCAGCAGCAGCAGCAUCGGCAGCAGACCGACCGCGUAUGCGGCGCCGCUCUACAAGCGCGACCGGUUCGCUGCAGUGGCGUUGCACCCCUGUGCAAUCCUCCCCUCUUCAUGCCGAAUGCGCAGCAGCAGAAGCAGCGGCAACGGAAGAGACGAGUGCUUCCAAGCGGAGACGGGUUGGCGGUCCAGCUGAAAGCGUCUUCGCGAGUCAGGCAACCGCAGGGGGCCUUGCGCCGGGCAUGCAAAACAACGAUGCUGAGCUCUUUGUAACUCCGCAUUCUUCACCUUUGCGGCCUCAUAGAAAGGGUGAAGCAGCGUCCGAGGCAGAUGCAACACUCACGGACGCCGAUGCCAAUGGGCUUCCUCCUCCUGCUCAAGGUGCACACGCGCGCGAAGGGUCCAGAGCCGACGAAGAAAUGCCGUGCGUUGUUUGGGAAUCCUUGGACGCACAGGCGUGCCCCAGCAGGAGCAGCAGCAGAAGCAGAGGGCUGCCCCUGCCGGCGUUGGCGUUGGCAGUGUCGCCUCUCUGUCUGCCGCUGCAGCAGUCCAGACGACGCAGAUCUUCCUUGGGCCUCGUGUUUCCAUUGACGGGCCGCUCGAGUGCGCCGGUGCUGCCCUCUCAGGAUCUUCAGCGGCAGUCGGAAGAAUCACCGCGGCAGCAAGCAGCCGAGGCGGCUCCAGAGCUAUCUGCACAGCUAGCAGGCGGGUCAAAGGGUGCUUCUGCAGAGGGUAGCAGGAGCAGCAUGGAGAGCAAGGGCUGCGGAGGCAGCACCGACAACUCCCAAGAACGAACCACCGAGUCUGGUUCUAGCUUUGCCGCGAAAGGACCUGAUAGCGGGAACUCGCCUUGCGGAGAAGGAAGAGUUGCACACACAACUGCUGGAGCGUUUGAAGCUGCCACCUCUACACCGGAUCAGGCAGUGCGGGAAGCAGCAGCAGCAGCCGCUGCUGCUGCUGCUGCUUUCUUGGAGUCGCCAUCUCCUGGAUCGACCCGCAAGCGGCGCAGGUGCACUCAGGAUGUGUGCGCUUCGCAGACUGCCGCUUCCGCUGGAACGCUCGGGGAAACGACUGCCGAGGCAGCAGCAAGGGCUGCCGCCAGCCAAUCGGAACUAACUCCAGCAAAGAGACAACGCAGACGCAGCUAUGCUGGGGGAAUUCUCACUGGCGCUGCCGCACGCCGUCUCCUUAUGCAGCCAGAAGCGGAGACGGAUGAAGUUCUGGCUUCUCUGGGGGUCCCUGCCUUGUCCAUAGAAGAGACCAGGGCCUUGCGGCAGCGGCAGCAGGAGGAGCAGCGGCUGCUGGAGGAGAAACGCGAGAAGGAGAGGCAGCAGCAGCUGCUAGAGGCAGAAAGGCUGCGCAAGCUCAGGGAGGAGGAAGAGCGCAGACGCAGGGAACAAGAGGCACAACAACGGCUGCUGCAACAGCAACAAGAGAAACUACAGAAAGAGCGAGAGAAGCUUGAACAAGAGCAGCAGAAGCAGCAUCAGCAAGAAAAAUUACGGCAAGAGGAAAAGAAAUUGCAGCAAGAGCAGCAGCAGUGCACGAGUGUGGCAUCGCAGCAGCCGCUGGAUCCAAAGCAGUCUCAGCAGCAGCAACAACCACCACAGAAGCUCUUCACACAUGCACCACCAGUGGGCGCAUUCGAUUCGACCGUAAAAGCACCAGAACCUGCUGCACCGCGGCCGCUGCUUACCCUCCCCAUGGUGCCUACUGCUGGUGCUGCCCCUACUCCUGCCGCAGGGAAUUCUACAACGGAGCCAAUGGAAGGAACCGGAAUGCCAAAAGCCGGGAGGCCCAUACUGCGCAUCCUCAGAAAGAAGAAUCCCCUGCAGCAGCAGCAGCAGCCGCAGCAACCACAGCUGCAGCAACAACAGCAACCACAGCUGCAACUACAG